AUGUCAAGCUCGCUAGACUCAUAUCGCAUCCCUCAAUUAGAAGGCGGCCACCGUCCAGGCUCCGACGCAAUCUUCAACUCCCGCAGCAAAAACGACAUCCUCUCAGCUCUUCAAGAAUGGGCCUCCAAGCGCAUUCUUCUCGUCCACAGCAAAGCUCUUGCGAAGAAUACUUCUACCAUCAAUGACCUCAAAGAAGCACUGGGCGAUAGACUCAUCACCGCUAAAGAAGGCGUCGGUUCACACUCCCCAUACGAAGAUGUAAUCGACAUAGCGCACCGGAUCACAGAGAACAACAUCGACUGUAUCAUUUGCGUCGGCAGCGGCUCUUACUCCGAUGCUUGUAAAGUCUCACGUUUAAUGUCCGCCACGCUCCCAAAAGGCUUUCAAGAGAAGGACAUGGAAGCUCUGCUCGAUCAAGAGAAAGGUGUUGCGCCGCAGGAUAAAAUGAAGAAAGCAGAAGGCGUAAAACUCGUCUUGGUGCCGACGAGUUUAUCAGCUGGAGAAUGGAACCAUACAGCAAGCUGCACCAACAGCGCGGGCAAAAAACAGCAUUUCUCGCUCAAAGAUGGCGGUGCACCGGAUUUAAUCCUCAUGGAUCCAUGGAUCGCGAGGACAGCGCCUGAACGAUUGUGGUUGAGCUCUGGAAUACGCGCUGUGGACCAUUGUAUCGAAACGCUGUGUAAUCCGGAAUGCGCCAAGUAUCCUGAUGUGCAAGAGUGGUGCUCACAAGCACUGCGCGAUCUGGCAAAGGGUCUGGUGGAGUACAAAGAAGGUCUGCACACGAACUCAGAAGAGCUUCUCCAUGGCGUAAGCAAAUGCCAGGCAGGAAGUCGCAUGGCACUCAUGGGCUUUAUAAUCUACGGCGUCAACAUGGGCGCCAGUCACGCCAUCGGUCAUCAACUCGGCAGCGUGGGCAAAGUGAUGCAUGGCAUCACAAGCUGUAUCAUGCUCCCACCAGUACUGCGCUACACGAAAAACAAGAACCCUGAUGCGCAAGCGAAGAUUGUCAAGAUCUUUAAUGGGACGUUGGGGUGGGAGGAGAAGGAGGCGGGGGAUUGUGUUGCGAAGUUGGUUGGUGUUGUGGGUUUGCCGAGGAGCUUGAAGGAGGUGGGGGUGGAAGAGGAUGAGAAGAUUGAACAGAUUGUUGAUAAGACUAUGACUGAUGUUAUGUUUUCUUAUGGCAAGGUUUUGACGAGGGAGCAGGUUUCGGAGAUUGUGUAUUCUGCUAGAUAG